CCAUACAACAACGAUAACAUAAAAACAAAAGGAAAAGAAAGACGGAAGAACAGGAAGAACAGCGGUGCUGUGUGAUUGGUGUGGAUGUGACUAGGCGAGGAAAACGGCCAGAUCAAGGACGAGAGUGGACGAGCCAACAAUAAUUUUGGCUCUCGUCGGGAAGUCUGACAGCCCAUAAUGGUUUUAGGAAACUCUGAACUUAACAUGGCUGAUGUUGUCAUUGUCGUUGAAGGCACAGGUUCAAAUGGUGCAUAUAUAAAUGACCUCAAAGUCAACUACAUACUUCCUACAUUGGAGUAUUUUAAUCAAGGUUCAAUUGAGGAUAAAGACUACAUUCCAGAAAGUUCCACAACACUGUACGCUCUAGUUAUUUUCCAUGCAACUGACUGUGUCCCUUACCUGACAACAGAAUGCUUUGGACCUUUUCCAACACCUCAAAAAUUCCUCGUCAUGUUGGAGUCCUUGGAAUUUAUAGGUGGCAGGGGCGCAUCACACGCUCACAUAGCUGAAGGUCUGGCCACUGCUAUGCAGUGUUUUGAUGACCUACAGCUGAAGAGAGAAGCCAACGCAAGCCCUCAAAAGCAUUGCCUACUUAUCAGCAAUUCGCCUCCGUACAGCGUCCCAACUGCAGAAUCGCAAAACUACUCGGGCAACACAGCAGAGCAAAUGGCCGCCUUGAUGCAGGAGAAUGGAGUGAAUCUGUCAAUCAUAUCGCCACGGAAAAUCCCAACGCUGUUUAAGCUUUUCGAAAAAGGCGGGGGCGACCUUGCAGCCUCGCAGACUAAAAACUACGCCAAAGACCCACGCCAUCUGGUCCUCCUGAAGGGAUUCAGUCUGAAAGAGCGACCCGUGAGUCCCAUCCCGCCGCAGCCCACGGUGAUGCCUACCGCAAACUUAGGCAGUCCCGCACCCCCGCAGCCGCACCCUCCUCAGGCGAACGCUCCCCCUGUCUUCCGGCCGUCAAUGGCGCCUAACAGACCACCGCUUGGUUUCCCUCAGAACCAGCAGCAGCAGCCUUUCAGAAUGGAACAGCCUCAGAUGCGACCUGGAAUGAACCCCAGGUGGCCUCAGGCACAGCAGACCAUGAUGCAGGCGCAGCCAAUGCGGCCGGCCAUGCCUCAGCAGCAGCAGCAGCAGCCGCAAGCACAGCAGCCAAGUCCCCUGAUUGCGCAGCUCCAGCAACCUCCUGCAGGAGUGAAUGUUAUUGGACAGCCAGGAAUGAAUCAACAGUUCCCACCAGGUGGCAACAUGAUGAACCCCAUGCAGCAGCAAAUGGCGCAGAACAUCCGCAUGCCGACAAAUCCCGCGGUUGCAGCGCAACAAACGCCCGCACAAUUGCCUCAGCAACAAGCUAGCCAAAACCAGCCAACGCCGCAAAUGUCUGGCAUGCAAAACCAACCACUGGUCCAGCCUCAAACCAUGAACCCUCAAAUGGCCCAGCAGCAGCAACAACAACAACAACAACAACAACAACAGCAGCAGCAGCAGCAGCAGCAACAGCAACAACAGCAACAACAGCAAUUGGGCGGAGUGCAGACCCAAAUGCAAGGCCAGCAGGCGCCGGGCCAGGUGCUGGCUGGAAUGCAACAGCCUGCCGGUGGCAGGGAGAGACAGACCAUCUGGUCUGGCUUGUUGGAAUGGAUGGAGAAAAAUAGAAAUUCUGACGCACAAAGGACGUCCAGAAGCGUUCCCUGCCAGGUCUCAGCAAAUACUAAAGAUGGCGAGCCUGAGUUGCGAGCGGAUGGUUGGCCGUCCAAGCUUUUGAUGCAGCUGAUGCCGAAACAGUUGAUUGGAAGUAUCGGAGGAACAUAUUUGAAGAAUUCUAAAUCAGUUUUAUUCCACCCGCAACCCUGUGAGGCUCUGGACGCUUUAACUAGAGUCAUGAGUUCUGGUUUUGCUGGAUGUGUACACUUCACAAGCCAACCCUCAAGUGCUUGUGAACUCAAAGUUCUCAUCCUGCUAUACACUGCAGAAAAACGCGCUUACUUGGGCUUCAUACCUAAUGACCAGACAGCCUUUGUGGAGCGCCUUCGCAAAGUAAUUCAGCACCAAAAGUCCACCCAAGCCAUCCGGCAGGGGCAGACUGGCGGCCCAGGAAUGGUUCCUGUGGGGCCAUCGCCUGGACUUGGCCCGGCCAUGGGCCAGAUGCAGGCGCCCAUGCAGCAGCAGCAGCAGCAAGCACAGCAACAGCAGCAGCAACAACAGCAACAACAACAACAGCAGCAACAACAGAAACAACAGCAGGGCAUGAUGAUGACUUCGCAGACCAAUCCAAUGGUCAUGGGUGGCGUCCAACUGACUCAAAAUAAUGUUCCCGGGCAGAUGCAGCCGCAGAUGGCAAAUAUUGGCCAGCAGAGGCCGCAGAUGAACGUUCAACCUGGAUUUGAGGCUGGAGAAAUGGCUGCGGGACAGCAGCCUGGCAUGAUAAGGACUCAGGGCAUGAUGCCCACGCAGCAAGGCCAGCAAACCGGCAUGGUUAGCGCAGAAGCUAUGCAGCAGCAGCAGCAGCCAGGUCCAAUCAGAGCCAUGCUUGGCCCAACACAGCAGCAAAUCAGGCCGCUGCUGCAGCAAUCGCAGCCUAACAUAGAAGAGGCCAGACAGCAGAACCUGCGGAAAAUACAGCAGCUGCGACACACUCUGGAGCAGGCCCAGCAGCAAGAACAGCAGUACAGCCGUCAAAUGAUGGAGGUUAUCGGGUUCCAUGGUGAUUCUUUGAACCUCCAAGAAGAGCAGCAAAACCAGCUUCGCGCCCAGCUGCAGAGACAGAUGAAUAUGGCUCAGCCCAUGCAACCACAAGGUAUGGCCCCGCAGCAACGAAUGAUCCGACCUAGCGGACCUGCCAUGACAAGUAACCCUGGACUGAGACAUCUGUUGCAACAGCAACCACAGUAUCGUCAGCAGCAACAACAGCAGCAGGUGAUAGGGAUGAAUCAGAUGGGUGGACCACGGCAAAUGAACCCCCAGCAACCUCAACAGCAAACCCAACAGUUUCAAGAGGAUGCCUACGACUUUCUUGGAUAGCUUCUCUACUAGCUGAUAAAUUUUUGUACGAUAUACAUUUUUAAAGAUCUUAAUGAGUUGUUAACAAUUUUCUGACAUCUCUGUAAAAAUGGUUCUUUGACCGUAAAGUCAGUAUGAAACGAUUGGAUAUUUUUAGCUUCAUUUAAUUUGUAGAAAUAAAUCAAGAUUAUACCAUUUGAACUUUUAAGCAAGUUGUGUCAUUAAUAAUUGCAGUGUAUUAUCUUAGUUUCAUAUAUUAUAUUGGUGAUGUCAUUUAAUGAUGCAAUACUUAAAUUAAAUCAGAUUAAAUCAUAGACAGCAGGAUGACAGUA